AUCUUUAUAUCGGAAAUAUUCUCUCAUAUGAUCAUGACUGGUGCUUUAUUACUGAUCUAGGUUUAUCUAAACCAGCCGAUGAAACUGAAAUUUCUAAAGAUAGCAAACAAAAGGUUUUUAGAAUAAUUCCAUAUAUAGCUCUUGAAUAUUAUCUGGUGAUGAUAAUUACUCAAAGGCAUCAGAUAAUGAUCAUGUUUGAAAUAUUAACAGGAAUUCCUCCUUUCUACAAUAUUCCCCAUGAUAAAGAUCUUGUUUUCAAAAUAUGUAAUGGAUAUAGACCAGAAAUUCCAUCUAAUAGUGUUAUACCUCAAUUACUAGUAGACAUAAUGAAAAGAUGUUGGAAUGCAAAAUCAGAACGAAGACCAGUGGAUAACAGUAAUACAAAUAGUUUAGCAUAUGAAAUAAAUUCAUCUGCAAUCUACACCAGUAGAGGUUUUAAUUUCAAAAAUCUUCCAAAACCUAAGAAUCUUAAUGAAAACGAUGAUAAAAUACAAAUGAAUUAA